UUUUAUUUUAAUAAUACUUGGUGACUAUUGGAAAUAAAAUAAAAAACUGAACCACUUAUUUCUAUAUUGAUUUACUAGCUCAGUGUCUGUUGUGUCUUGAUGGCAAGUUCCACGAAGGAAGGAGCUUAUCCGUUUUUUCCACCCAGGGCUUGGUGCUCAGAUGCAGGCGUUGCCACUUCUGUGUGUGAAUCCAAACUGGGGCGAAGGAUGUGUGCGUCUGUGUGUGUGUGUGUGUGCGCGCGCACGUGUGUGUGGGGGGGGUUUGGGUGGUUCCCCCGAAGGUGGAUUUGCAUGUACUUGAAUUUUAAUGUAAAAGGGAACUGAGAGAAACCUCAGGCACCUGAGCAGGAGGCGUCAGGGGCAGAUACCAUCCGGUCCUCUCUUCUCAGGCUCUCGUGUUAGCUGUGGCCGUGCACAUGUAUACCAACUCUGGAUGCCAGGACCUGCCAGGGACCAGAGAGGAGGAGGAGGAUGGCGAUGAUUACGAGAACAUGGCACCCCCGUACAAGGAUCUCCCUCCCAAGCCAGACUCGAUGGCCCCACCUAGGCCUCCAAGGGCAGGAAAGAAAACAGAGAACCCCCCACUGCCUUGCAAGUCCCCAAAGAUCAAAGGUCUGGACCUCACCCCAGUCAUCUGCACAUCUCCUCCACCCCAGGUGUCAAUCCAGAAUGCCCCCCCGUUCCAGCCGUCCCUAGCCGCCACCCCGGGGUCCCAGCUCAGUCAGAAGUCCAGAUGUCCUGGGUGCUACCAGGAGGAGAGACUGGUGGUGUUCCUGUGCCUGCUGGUGGUGGUGUCACUGCUCCUGGGCUGCACUGGUCUGGCUGUGACCCUUAUCAAGUACCAGGAGGUGGUGGGAGAGCUGAGAAUGUUGACCUUUCAGCAGACGGCAUGGCAAGCAAGUGUGACUGGCACGGCAGGGCUGGCUGGCCUGAAGAAGGAUAUUGACCACAUAAGAACUAACACCAACCAGUCCCUGGUAGAACUUCGGGGCUUAUUAGACUGUACCAGGAUCACCUGCCCUGAGGACUGGCUCCCCUUUGAGGGCAAGUGUUACUACUUCUCCCCAAGGACCAAGUCAUGGGAUGAAGCCCGGAAGUUCUGCCAGGAGAAUUACUCUCACUUGGUCAUCAUCAAUAGCUUCGCUGAACAGAAGUUUGUGGCCAAGGCUCAUGGCUCUCCACGGAUCUACUGGCUGGGGCUGAGUGACAGGGACUAUGAAGGGGACUGGAAGUGGCUGGAUGGGUCACCUGUCACUCUGAGCUUUUGGGACCCAGAGGAGCCCAACAACAUCAACGAUGAGGACUGUGCCAGCAUGAACAAGGGUGGCACCUGGAAUGACCUCUCUUGUGACAAAACGACCUACUGGAUUUGUGAGCGGAAAUGUUCCUGUUGAACCCCACGGCUGAGGGUGGGGGGGGGGAGUCCCUACUCGAGUGCCCCUUGGCUCUUGGGGAUGAGAACCUCCCGCCCUUCCACGGAAGACUCUGCCAGUCUGUGAACCAACAUGGAUGGACCUACGAUGGAACCGGCAGCUUGGAUGGAGCCAGUCCCAUCCUUGGGUGCAAGUGAGAGCAUUUCUAGGGCGACUAGAGGGCUUGUGCGAUUGGAUGAUGUCCUAGUCUAUUCAGGCCGCUGUACCAGAAUACUGGAAACUGGAUGGCUUACAGGCAAUAAGAGAUUUACUUGUUGAAUUUCUGGAAGCCGGGAGGUCCAAGGUGAAAGUGCAGUGCUUGGUGAGGGCCCACUUUCUGAUUCGCAGAGGGCCAUCUUGCUGUGUUCUCUUAUGCUGCAAGGGGGGAGAACUCUCUGGGGUUCCCGUUAUAAGGAACAGAGAGUUCCACCCUUAUGACCUGAUCGCCUCCAUCGCCUUGAACCAUCACAUUGAGGGUUAGGGUUUAAGAUACGAAUUGGGCGGAGGACACACAAUUCAGUCUGUAGCAGGUGGCGAGCUGGCGGGAGACCAGGUCUUAGACAUUGUCUCCCAGCUCUGGGGGCUGGAGGAAACUCACCAAGUCCUUGCUCCCGGCUCCGCGGAAGCAAUCCUGGCCGCGGGGGGCUCCGGGUCUGAUAAUGACUGAGCUGGAGUGGAAAACUCCCUGGCUCUUCUGAACCCUGGGGUGCUGACCCAGGGCUCCCUUACUGCCUACCUGAUGUGGAACAGCUUCUGGGAAAGCAGGUGGGGAAAAAUUGUUCUUGACAAAGCAACUUUCUCAAUGUCCCAGGUGAGGUUUGCCUGACCUAGGGGGCAGAAUCAGGCCUCUGCCAAGACUUGGCCUGUGAAGCUUCCAGAAAGGCAGACCACCUGAGAGGCAAGCCCGCCCCCUCCCCCAAUGUGUGGUCAGAUUCCCAGGACAGUGGUGGUGGCUACCUAUGCCUGCACCUGCCUUUAGGCUGUUGGUGGUUUGUAAAGAUCUUCGAUGAAUGAUUCACUUUUACUUGCCGUGGACCUUCCUGGACUAUUAGCUCUUGCCGUGUGAGAGCUUCUCAAAAUGUCAGUUCGAUGUGUGGCCCUUGCCCAAGGUGACGGUCCGCUGUGGGGGAGGGCGUGUUCCACAAUAAAGCACCAUAGACUGGCUUAAAUGCGAGAAGUUUACUGUCUCCUCGUUCUGGAGGCUGAAGUCUAAGACUGGCAGGUCGAAGUCUUUGGUUUCUGGGGAGGUGUGUCUCCUUGAGUUGUAUCUGGCCCUCGGCUCCCCGUGUCUCCACAUGGACUUGUCCUUGUGCGUAUCUGUGUCCGAAUCAUUCCUUCUUAUAGAGACACAGGUCAUAUUGGAUCAGGGCCCCUUGCAAUGACUUCGUUUUCAUGAAUUACCUCUUCAAAUACAGUCACAUGCCGACGUCCUGGGGGUUGGCACUUGAACACGUGAAUUCUGGGGGAGAGCAGGACAGCCUGCAAUACCCUCUAAUGGGACCGGUGCUCCGCCCAGUGAUCCUGACCAUCAGAAACACCCUCGAGGGGAGGCUGGUACUACCCACAGCUGAACACAACGCAGCAGGGCAGACCCUUUGGACAAUCCCCCAAUCGUAUCCAAAGGGACGUGGGCAUUCUCCAAACUGAUCAAUUGCUUGAUCAACAACUACCCUUGGUGAGUAGCUGAAUCCUCGUGUUGACUGAGAGCAGGGGAUCGAGGCAAGGAGGCUCUGGGCAGAGGGGCAGUGGGGGCAGUUAGCGUUCACUUCCCUUCCAGCCCCCCUCUCUCCUUGUCUCCUCCCCCGUCUACACCUGUCCCUAACUCACCAGGACUGAAACCAGCCCCCCCUACAGCCCAUAGACUAUAGCGUGGGUGGGUAUCCAACCCCAGGGGGGCCGUUGGUCCAAGGGACUGUUUAUCUGGGGUCAGGGGAAGUUCCUGCAUCUCAGAAGAGGAAAUGUGAGCCUCCUGCAAUGUGUUGAAAAAUGGAGAAGCAGGGGCUGUGGUCACAUCUUUGGGUCAUGCUGGGGUGUUCCACAGGAGCUGGCUCAAACCUAUCUCCCUCCCACAUCUCUCAUGAUUGUCUAGUUUUAGGUUGACAGAUAAGUGUGAAGGAGGUCCCCUUUACCACUUUGGGCGUAAGGGAGCAAAGGCUGGGCAUUUUUGGUGCAUAAAAAUAACAAAAGUCACCGUUUAUCAAGCAUGUACUGUGUGCUAGACAGACACACGACUCUGUGAAGUUGGAACAACUACCAGCCCCAUUUUAUAGCUGGGGAAACUGAGGCUUGUCCAUUGUCAUCCAGUGGCACAGCUCAUAUUUGGACUCAGUCUGUGCCUCCAAUGGUUGAUCUCUUUCUGCAGCACCUGCCACCUUUCAAGGGACUGUCUGUAAACUCGAAUUAUCCCUGAGACCCCAACCUUGUAGCUCUUGUCUCAGCUGGCAGUCAUGGGAAGGGAACAGUGUGGUGUGAUGGAACCACACCACUGUUGAUAAUAACCUGUGCGGUUCUCCUGGGGCUAUGAUGAAAAUGCGGAUGAGAGGAAGGGUAGGAAGAAAAUUAAUCUAUUCUGAAGAGAAAACUAAUGGGAUUUGCUGCUGGAGUGAAUGUGGGGUGUGAGAGAAAGAGAAGAGUAAAGAAUUACUCCAAAAUUUUCAACUAAAGGAACAGGAAAGUUGGAGUUAUUAUUACCUAGAGCUGAGGAAGAAAAUAAUGCUUAUGGACACAUUUAUUUUUGUUUUAAUUAAAAAAACUUUAAGUUUAUUUACAGAGACUCGAUAACACAUCUUUGAACACAGCUUGGACUGGCUGCCUUUCUUUCUCUGACUCCCGUCUUCACAUUCCUGCUGGUGUUUCCUGGGAUCACCUCCAAAAUAAAGUACUUAUGCUCGAAUCCUUGUCUCAGAGUUUGCUCUUGGGGGAAUCCAAAUCGAGACACUCUGGGACAGGAGAAGACAAGCCUGUGGCGUCGUUCUGGCUUGCCUGGGCUGGAGGGGUUUCUGGGAUGUGGGAUGCUCAGUGCUAAAGCAGGGAAAGUACUGGGCAAACUGGGAUGAGUUGACCACUCUUAUAGGACGAUCGUGCCAGAGAAGCCAAGAAGACAGAGCUUAAGAAGCAAAGGGGACAAUGCAUAUGUAGAUCAAACCAUCAUGGAAAAUUUGCAUAGAUCAAACCAUCAUCGACACUUUGCGUAGAUCA